GAGCAGAAGCAGAGAGAAGAAACAGAGAGGAGCUUGACAGAGAGAGCGGAAGUAGAGAAAAAGAGGGAGGGUGACAGAAAUAGAGAGAGAGAGAGAAGAAGGGGGGGAGUGACAGACGGAGGAGGCACGAGAAGGCGCUCGACCAUGUGAGUAACUCUGUGACUAUGCAGCGUGUGGACCGCAGGAACUUUUCACAAGUGGAUCUGAAGCGCGCGCCUCCGGACUUUUUACUCUCUCGGAUUCCAAUCUUUUUUUUGGGAGGAUGUUUCCGUCGCGAUGGAUUUUCUCUCAGGAUUUAGGAUUUUCUAAACUCUGAUCUUUGAAGGAUUCCCCCCCCCCCCAGCCCCCGGUUCUCCGCUCAUAACCGCCUCUGGUAUUUCCUGCUUUUGAUGCGUCCGGAGAGAUGAGCGUUCUGCGCUGGCACCGGCUCUCCGUGCUGUGGAAGAACUGGAUGUUUAACCAGGAGCCGCCGCCGGAGGAGCAGACGACGGGCAUUUCCAAAUCCGAAGUCGCCCUGGAGAAGCUGGAGGGCGCGGAGAUCGACCCGGACUCGACGGCGGGAAAUCCCAAAAAGAAGGCAGAGCUGCUGAAGAGGAGCACGUCCGAACCGGCGUCCAGCUGUAAGGCGGUGAGGCAGAGGGGUUGCGGGUGCGAUUCCAGGAGGAGUUGGUGUUCCGAGGAGGAGUUUGACCUGUCCUCCGCGCUCACACAGGUGGAGAACGGCAGCGAGGCGGACGAGACCUUCCUCCAGAGAGAAGAGUCCCAGAGGAGGUCCAGGAGGAGGUUCAGGAGAAUCAACCCCAAAGGAGAGAGAGAGCUCAUCACCGACGCCCCGGAGCCCAACUCCUACACCACGGAUUAUGUCAACAACAAGCUUCCUGCCGACCUAAAUAAGAUGCAGCUCACGGACCACGCCCACCAGGUCACCCAGAGCCAAUCAGGAUGCAGCAUCGCCAGUGACUCCGGGAGCAGCAGCCUGUCCGACAUUUACCAGGCGACGGAGAGCGACCUGGGGGACGUGGAUCUGUCCGGACUCCCUGAAGCCGCCGUGGACUCGGAGGAAGAGGAGGAGGAGGAUGAAGACCUGGAGAGGGCCUCGGACGCUCUGGUGGGACGCGACCUGGUGCGGGAGUGUCUGGAGAAAGACCCGCAGGACCGCAACGACGACGACAUCGAGCAGCUGCUGGAGUUCAUGCACCAGCUCCCGGCCUUCGCCAACAUGACCAUGUCCGUGAGGAGAGAGCUGUGCAGCGUCAUGGUGUUUGAGGUGGUGGAGCAGGCGGCCACGGUCAUACUGCAGCACAGACAGGAGCUGGACCACUGGUACGUGAUCCUGAACGGCUCGGUGGAGAUCUCGUACUCCGAUGGCCGCGUGGAGAUUCUGUGUAUGGGGAACAGUUUCGGCAUCUCUCCGUCUCUGGACAAACAGUUCAUGACCGGAGAAGUGCGGACCAAAGGCGACGACUGCCAGUUCGUGUGCGUGGCCCAGGAGGACUACUGGAGGAUCCUCAACCAUGUGGAGAAGAACACGCACAAGGUGGAGGAGGAGGGCGAGAUCGUCAUGGUGAAGGAGCACCGCGAGCUGGACCGGAGCGGGACCAGGAAGGGCCACAUCGUCAUCAAGGGCACUCCGGAGCGUCUCAUCAUGCACUUGGUGGAGGAGCCGUCGGUGGUGGACCCCACGUACAUCGAGGACUUCCUGCUGACCUACAGGACCUUCCUGUCCAGCCCCAUGGAGGUGGGCUCCAGGCUGCUGCAGUGGUUCCAGGUUCACACGCUCAGGGACACGGUGACCAGAAUUGUGCUGCUUUGGGUCAACAACCACUUCAACGACUUCGAGGGCGACCUGGCCAUGACUCGCUUCCUGGAGGAGUUUGAAAAACAUCUUGAAACGGCGAAAAUGAAGGGUCACCUGCGCCUGCUGAACAUCGCGUGUGCGGCCAAGGCCAAGUGCAGACAGAUCACGCUGCAGAAGGCCGCGCGGGAGUCCUCUCUAAACUUCAGCGUUCAGGGCGGCUGUGAGCGCGGCUUCGGAAUCUUUGUGGAGACUGUGGAUCCCGGGAGCAAAGCGGCCGAGGAGGGGCUCAAGAGGGGGGACCAGAUCCUGGAGGUCAAUGGGCAGAACUUUGAAAACAUCUCCCUGUCCAAAGCCGUGGACAUCCUGAGGAACAACACUCACCUGUCACUGACCGUCAAGACCAACAUCUUUGUUUUCAAAGAGCUGCUGAGCCGGGUGGUGCACGAGAAGAAGAACGGCGUCCCUCACAUCCCGAAGAUCCAGGAGAAGAAGGGCAAUCGCUUCUCCAUCCCAGAUCUGCCCGGAGACAUGGAGUUCCCCACAGACCACAAAAGCACCAGGAAAAUGAAGGCCAACACAGUGACCGGGGGAAGGAACCGCAUCCGCAAAAUGUUGGAGAAGACCAGAUUUAGUAUUUUACCUCCGAAACCAUUCAGCGACGGGGGCCUGGGACAGUCUCAGGACGACAGUAUUGUGGGGACCAAACAGUGCAGACACAGUGUGGCCAUAAUGCCCAUCCCCGGGAACCUGUCCUCCAGCAGCCCGGACCUGUUCCAGCCCAACUCCAGUGUGCUCGACUUCUCCAACCCCGCUGACAUCCCAGACCAGGUGAUCCGUGUGUUCAAAGCCGACCAACAGAGCUGCUACAUCAUCCUGAGCAAAGACACCACGGCCAAAGACGUGGUGGCGCACACCGUCAACGAGUUCGGUCUCCCCGCCGCCGCAGAGACCUACUCCCUGUGUGAAGUGUCCGUCAGCCCGGAGGGAGUCAUCAAGCAGAGGAGGCUCCCGGACCAGCUGUCCAAGCUCGCUGACCGCAUCCAGCUCAACGGCAGAUACUACCUGAAGAACAACAUGGAGACUGAGACGUUGUGCUCUGACGACGAUGCUCAGGACCUGCUGAGGGAGAGCCAGAUCUCGCUGCUGCAGCUCAGUACGAUGGAGGUGGCGGCUCAGCUCUCCAUGAGGGACUUCGAGCUGUUCAGGAACAUCGAGUCCACAGAAUACGUGGAUGACCUGUUCAAGCUGGACUCGUCUUCGGGCAGCGGGAACCUGAAGCAGUUUGAGGAGGUGAUAAACCAGGAGACGUUUUGGGUCGCCUCCGAAAUCCUGAAGGAACCCAACGCCUUAAAACGAAUGAAAACCAUAAAGCACUUCAUCAAGAUCGCUCUGCACUGCCGCGAGUGCAAGAACUUCAACUCCAUGUUCGCCAUCAUCAGCGGUCUGAACCUGGCUCCGGUGGCUCGCCUCAGGAGCACUUGGGAGAAGUUGCCCAGUAAAUAUGAGAAGCUCUUCAGCGACCUGCAGGACGUGUUUGACCCGUCUCGAAACAUGGCCAAGUAUCGGAACAUCCUGAGCAGCCAGAGCAUGCAGCCGCCCAUCAUCCCGCUGUUCCCCGUGGUCAAGAAGGACCUCACCUUUCUGCACGAAGGUAACGACUCGAGCGUAGACGGUCUGGUGAACUUUGAGAAACUCCGAAUGAUCGCCAAAGAAAUCCGCCACGUCGUUCGGAUGACCUCGGCCAACAUGGACCCGGCUCUCAUGUUCAGACAGAGGUCUUUGAGCCAGGGCAGCACAAACUCCAACAUGCUGGACGUGCAGGGAGGAGGCCACAAGAAGCGCGUGAGGAGGAGCUCGCUGCUCAACGCCAAGAAGCUCUACGAAGACGCUCAGAUGGCGCGAAAAGUCAAACAGUAUCUGUCCAACCUGAACGUGGAGACGGACGAGGAGAAGCACCAGAUCAUGUCCCUGCAGUGUGAGCCGUCCUACAGCACACUGUCGAAGAACUUGAGUGAGAGACGCUCCACCAAGUCGGACAUGUCCCCCGUGUCCCUGCGCUCGGCUCUGCCUUCAGCCAAAACCCAGAACAGAGUGUCCCAGGUCCUCCAGGUCCAGGUCCCCCUCAACCCCCUGAACCAGCUGAACCCCCUGAACCCCCUGCGCAAGAAGAGCACCGCCAAGGACAUGGGCACAAACUCUCCGCAGGUGGUGAAGAAAGCUCCAGGUCCCAGCGCUGAGGAGUGGAGCAGUCUGAAGGACAAGAGGCCGUCAGAGGACACCGUGUCCACCGUGUCGUCCCUGCACUCCAGUCCCACCGUGUCCCCGCAAGGAUCGCCCAGAAAAGUUGGUGGACCACAGAAGUCUCAGAACUGCAGCCAGAUGAACCUGUCCGGCUCGUCGUCGUCACUGACCAGCGACGCGAGCACCAAGGCCAGCACGAUCAGCCUGCGCAGCUACGGCAUAGGUUACGCUCUGCUGCCGCCUGGAAAAGCCGAUAAUUUAUCCGACUCGAGUCACAGCGAGAUCUCGUCCAGGUCCAGUAUCUGUUCUGUGGACUCCAACCCCACCACCUCAGCCGACGACAGGACCAGCAGUACCAGGAUGUGUACUAGUACUACUACUGCUACUACUACUGCUGCUGCUAACACGGUGUCAACUGCAGUACCAGAGAGCACACCCGCAAUCUACGCACACCCCAGUCUGGACUACAGCCAACCCAGCACAAGCUCCUCUCCUCUGGCUCGCGGCUGUCACUCCCGUGUGGCGCCCUCUCUCUCCUCGGAGGACCUGACCUCUGACCCCUCGGCGCUGGCGGUGGACUGCGCGGCCGACAGCGGGCGCGGCAGCUGGACCUCCUGCUCCUCCAACUCCCACGACUCCUUUCAAAGCCUGCCCGCCUCCUCCUGCCGCCCCUGGGACCACGGCACCCACGGGCACCCCCUGACUCUGUCCCUGCCCCACGCACAGAUCCCCGGGUACAGGCAGACCCCCCUCCCCGCGCCCAUCGCCGAGUCCGACCCCGGCGGGCACGGCUCCGGGCACGGCAGCUACGUCUGGACGGGCAACAGUCAGCAGGAAUCGCGGGACUCGAACCUGCACCUGUCUCGGCAGAGCUGGGCGUCGUCCAGCUCCUUAUCGGACACUUACGAAGGGAAUUACGGCACGGUGAAAAGACGGAACACUUCAGAACACCCCGCCUCGCCGACCAAUGAGGAGGCAGCACAGAGCACAGACCCCGCCUACAAAACAGUGACCUCCAGCACAGACAAAGGCCUGAUCGUGUACUGUAUCACGUCUCCGUCCAGAGACGAGAGAUUCAGGGCUGCCCCUCCCACCCCUCCAGGAUACCAGGGCCUGGCUCUGGGGGACCUGGCUCUGUCCGACGGGGCCGUGGCGGCGGCUUUGCCCCGGAACCCCCUCCUCAAGCCGCCCGAGUACACGGUGGCCCUGCAGAGGAGCAAACUGCUGCAGCGCCCCCUCCUGGCCGGACCCGGGAGCAGCAGGCCGGCCUCCAUCUGCGUCCCCCCGCACGGACUGGACAGUGAGGACGAUGAACAGGUGUCUGCGGUCUAGAGACGGACUCACGACGAUGACCCCAGACUGACCCGGAGCCCAUCGUCCAGUCACGUCGCAGCAUCCUGACCCCUCCCCCCCCCCGCGGAGACAAAUAUCAUCUCUUUAAUCGACGAAAGAGAAAAACUAUUUUAAAAACUCUUCGAAUCGAGCUGAGAAACAUGAACAAAGAAACGAAGGAUGCGGUUUGGACUUUUUGAGAAGCUCCGCAGACCUCCACGGGCGGCCAUUCUGGAUCGGUUUCACGUGUACAGCUUUGCGUUUUGUACAGUGUUUUUUUGCAAAGUGAGAUUACCGAGCAGCAAAAGGGACACGAAGCUAGAGCUAGUUUAAAAAAAAAAAAAAAGUAUUAUGACAAUGAGAUCUGUUCUGUUUUUUGCAGUCGAUUCCAAAACAAGUUGAAUGUAAAUAAUGUGAGAUUUUAAAGGGUUUUACGGUUGGGAUGGAAGGGCAUCCGACUUAAAAAUCCAUGCACAAAUGUGGCUCACAAAUUUCAGGCCUAAAAAGCACAAUUAUGACAACUGGAGGAUACAUAUUUAGGACUAUGGACUAAGGACUCGACGCAAUAAUAAUAAUAAUAAUAACGCCUUAGACUUAGGGGAAAUUUUAAGGACUCCCAAAUUCCUAAUUGCUAUGACAACAAUGCAAAAGUUGGCACGUUUACAUGAGGGCUUUAAUUUCGAAUAAAAAGCAUGUAAUUCUGAAUAAAAAUUUAAUUCCGCUUUAAAAAGACCAUGUAAACACUUGAACAUGAGCACGAUUAAUCGGAAUUAAACUUAAUUUCGAAGUAACUGGGUGGUUUAUUCUGAUUUUAAAGCCAAGUUCAUUUAUUCCUGCAUCAUGUAAACGUCGAUUCUUCUUAAAAAUAUCGUCGGCGGUUCUGCGCGUGCUCGUUGGGUCGUCCGUCUGACGCGACCCGUACGAUCCGGCUCCACCAGUCCCGGCUUCGGACUUUCAUCCACGUCUCUUUGGAUUUGCGAGCAGGAUGCGGGAGUGGGCUGAGGUAGAGCGGCCGUUGACUCAGUUUGUCUUCUUCCUCCCUUCGCCGACACUCUUCCCUUCUCCUCGUAAAGCGUGAUGAGAGAAUUCUCCAGCUGCUGCGCAAUUAUCUUCGGAAACACUGCGGGAAAAGUUUGGAUCGUGUUUGCGUCCGUGGCGAAACGACAAACCGAGGUGACAGAAAAGCCGGCAGCAGCUGAAGUGUGCGUUUUCUUCCGGUCGACGUAAAUCCGUUGGUGUCUCCGUCCAAUCAGAACGCUUCCCCGCUCCAUCUUCAACGUGUUUCCCAUGCAAACCUCAAUUCGGAAUUAUUAUUUCCAUUUAAACUCGAAGGAGAAUGUUUUAUUUCAGAAUUCGGAAUUUUAAAAAAAACCUCAUGUAAACGUGGCCGAUAUCGUCAUUCUGAAACCCACGAAGAGCCAGUACAAAACCUCAUUUAAAAAUAAAAGAUUUGAGUGAAAAAGUGACUAUUUUGGUUCAAUUAAUUUCAUCGUUUUUAAAAUUUAAACGGGCGCACUUUGCAAAUGACAAAGGCUGCGGUUUUGGAAGUACUAUAAUUUCCUCCACGUAAAAUCUUAUUCCGCGUGAAAAACUGCUAAGCUUUUUGUCAGUUCUUCUGGACGCGUUUAAAACAUGAACUUUUUCAAAUGGCAAAUCUAAUCGCACUGUUUCUCCAAAUCACAAUUGGAUAUUUUCAGUCCUUCUUUCUAACAUCACCAAUCUUGAACGUUGAAACUCCAGUUGUCAUGAUCUCUGCCAGCUUCACCGCCUGAGAUCUACCGUAGAGUCGUGUUAUUUGUGUUUUAGCACUUGUUGUACUUUUAAUUGUACUUUUUAUCGAGCUUUAAACCCCCCCCCCUUCCCUUUGCCAUUCUCUCACGUCCAGGGCCUGGCACGUUAAAGCCUCGCCGUGUAACUUCUCUGGUGUUUUUCAUGUCACCUGCUUGUUUCCAUAGAGUUGUUAUGACAUUACACUUAGAUAUGUCCAAUUACGACAAAUUUAUAUUAUUAAAAACGCAUUUUGGCCUAGUGGCGUCAACCGUAGGCAGACAUAGGCCUCAUUUCUCCUUCCUCGCUUCCUUCUCCUUGAUUCCUCUUCUCCAUCCUCCGUUCUUCAGGUGUCAAUCAAACGUAUCGAAUUAAGCGGAGUCCCGAAGAAAACCACGGAAGAAGGAAAGAGAAUAAAGAAAAACGAAUCAAACUUUAUAGGCUCUAUUCCCGCUAACGUCACAAACCAGGAAGACGUUUGGAAAGAUGCGAUGACGACUUUUUUUGCGUUCAGACUGCAAGGCUUAAUGCUCAAUCUGGAAAUACGAUUUUUUAUUUGCAAGGUUGUUCACGUUUCCAAUUAAAUGCGACUUGUUUGUGAUCUCCAGUGUGAACUUUAAUUGCCCCAAAAGUGUCCCGCAUGCGCACUGGAGGACACAACCACGGGAGUCGCUUAAACUCUGGGCUUGUCUCCCAAAAUCCGGUCCAGGUCUCGGUAAAGCGAACAGGUCACACGUCCGCGGCCGCUUCGUUUGUUUGAGUCUUUAGCCUCCUUGUAUUUGUCUCGCAGGCUCUUUGUUUUUCGUCGACACUGGAGACAGAACCGGCUGCGGUCGCGCUCGGACAUUUCUUUCGCAGUCAUUUCAAAACCGCCCGGUUCUGAUAAGACUCCUCCAGUUUGGCCUGAAUACAGAGAUCCCACGAAAUAUUAAUGAACUCCUAACCUCGCUUUCCCUCCAUUGACGAGACUCUGAGCCUGACGUGUAGGUGGGAUGAAUGUGACCUGACCGUUCAGACUGAAGUCGCAUGUCAAGAAGAUCAGAUAUGUGUCGGUUUUAGGAGCACAUAUCCAAGUGGGCUGGGUCACAUUUGAAAAAAAUUGAUCUGUGUCAUUAAAAGAUCAGACAGAGGAGCAUAAGGGCGAAAAAAAAAAUGGAUUUGGGUCACUUCAGGCUGCAGUGUGAACGUAGCCUUAAAGCCAUUGUAGUGUUCCGUGAUGUUCCACCAAUCCACAAGUACAAUAAUUCGAUUAGAAGAGAUGAGGGGCCAAAUUCCAGAUGAUUUCCAAACAGCACAUACGUCUGCAGUCUUCAUUUUACGGUUUUAUCACGUUUACUUCAGUGGGUUUGAUCACAGUCGGUCGGUGAGUCCAGUGUCGGGAACUACACCGGAAGAUCUAAUCGCAGGUUUCCAAACGUCUUCCUGGUUUGUGACAUAAGCGUGAAUAGGCGAGUUUCAGCUGACGUCAUUGUUAUUAAAAGCCCGCGUUGCUGCUGGGAAAUAUUUUGGUCGGAGGCAAGAAACACGGUAGCGUCAAACACAGUGCGUAACCUCGCGUAUUUAUCCCCGAUAAUGGUAAAUUCCUGCUGCAUUAUCAGAUGCACAAAUAGAAGCACGGAAGAAGGAAAAUGUCUUUUUCGUAUUCCGAGUGAAAAGAACCACUAACGGUGAAUUAAACGACUUUCAAACAUCCGCAGAGCAAACGUAGAAGAUCCUAACAAACCGUGGACUCCAACAAGUUCAACAACACAUCGAGACUCUUGGAGGUUUUCAUCUUUUCUGCUGUGAAUGGCCCAGGAGUUUCCACCAAGUCAUUGUGGAUAUCGCCCAAGUGAAUAUUUGUCCAGGUAGUUGGCGAUUCUGACCAGAAAUUUGGUUUGGUCCACCUUUUGUCGGGGUUGAAAAGGGUGAUUUGUCGUCCGUCGAUGCUUAUGACCAAUUUCUGGUCAAAUGGUCUUGGGUCCUCUGCCGUUAGAGUGGAUAAAUAACCGGGAUCAAUACCCUUUACGUGCUUUCUCGCUCCGUCCGUCAUGUUGAAUUAGUGUUUCUUGCCGUCGACCAAAAUAAUUCCCAGCAUGCAACGCGCGCUUUUGUCAACAAUGAAACUCGCCUAUACAGCCUAUAGGUCUCGGUGAGGAGUUUAGAUCCUCUCUCCUCGCUGUGUCUCCUCUGUGGGCGGGACUUCCUCACCCAUUUCCUGCAGAAUCGAGGAAAGAAAUCAAGAAGGAAGCGAGGAAAGACAAACGAGACGUGGCCUGUACAUAUAAACCGACAUUUCUAUCGACUCCAGCUCCAAUUCACUUCAAUAUUAACCCGCUCUACAUCAUCCUGGAGUUUUUACUUCACUUUUUUGUCUCUAAAAAGUGAAAAAACAAACCACCUAUAACCGCAGGCCUCAGUGAGCUUCAUUUGACUGGAGCUGAACGCUGCGGUUGACGUCACGCCCUCUCAGUCCGCUUCUUUACACAGUCUACGACGAUGCCAAAUACUGCGGUGCAUUCUGGGCGAGGCACUAACAUCUCCAUGGAAACACGCAGGAGACAGAUCCUUAAUCAGAAAAGUUACAUAAUGUCCCUUUAACAACGCCCAAUCUAGAUAAUUUACACUUAAUUUGGGUGAUUUCAUCGCACCUACUUUUGCAGUGUUUCGGUUUCAGUCCAAUCCCUCUCUCCACGCUGCCCCAUUAACUUUGUAUUAAAGCUGUUUUUACGAGCGCACAAACAAACGACGUCCCAUUGAAGAAAAUCUAAUAUUGUUUUUAUGGUUUUAGCAAUAACAAAGUAAAUAAUGCCACUCCACUCGCUGUAAUAACUGUGUUUACAAGCACGCGUAUGAAAUUUUAUUCUUUUUUAUUAGCGACAUUGGGAUUACGAGCGAAACGAAAAGGCUCGUUUGACCUUCUAAGUUUGUUUUGUUGUCCGGCCACCGCGCGUCAAAGCCUCUUACACACAUCCCACUGAAAGGUUCUAUGCUGCACAGAAUUUUGAUGAGCUCGAAGGCUUGUUAGAAUGUUGAGGCGUCCUCAAAAACAAACCUGGAGUUGUGUUUUGUUUCAUUCACACGUUUUUGAGCAAUCCUUUAUUAUUAGUCUGUCUACAUCUCCAAAACUUAAAAUGCUCUGUUCAACUUUGUGAUGUCAGGGAUUAGUCAGGCCGAUGCCGCCUAGUGCCUCUGCUCAAAUUCAUUUCUCUCCAGAGAUUAGGUCAGGAAUUGGAACACGCUAGAUCAGGGGCGUCAAACUCAUUUUGGUCCGGGGGUCGUAUCCAACCGACUUUGAUCAUAUAAACCCCAAAAAUAACAAUAAGUUCAAAUAUUGGUGCAGAGAAACGCAAAUCUAUUACAGAAAUCUUUUUUAAAUUGAUGAACUCUUUCUUUUACUAAAUAUUAUAAUAUUAUGAACAAACCUGAAACUUUAAGAAAAAUGCAGUUUCAACAUUUUAACAUGAACUUGUUUACAAAUAAGAAUAAGUCAUUUUUGUUGUAAAAUCCUGCACUCGGCUCCACUUUUCUCAUGUUGGACAUUUUUCUGAUGAGGGUGUCACGGUCAACAGUCAAAACGAUCGUCCUUUAAGAGCGUUUGUGGGAGGGGCCACGUACAGAGACGCUGGAGACGCUGCUGUGAUAAACACCACAGAAAAUUAACAAGAUUUUAAUAGAAAAUAUAAUUAAAAUAUUUUAGUAGAAAAUCCGCCGAGGGCCAGAUUAAAGGUCUUGGAGGGCCGGAUCUGGCCCCGGGGCCGCAUGUUUGCCACCUGUGCUCUAGAUGGUUUGCAAAAAUCCCAGAAGUGCAAGUUCGGGCAUCAGCCAAUCAGCGAAGUGAGUAUAUUCAGUGUUGUCAACGAUUCCCGAGGUCGAGGAUUUAAAGCUGAAACAAAGUGAAUGUUUGUUGAAUUUUAUCAAGGGGAAAGACGUUAUUGUUCUUCUUCCUACGGGAUUUGGAUUUGAAAAGCUUAAUAUACCAGUUACCCCCGUUAGCGGCGCAUUACAUACGUCACGACCAAACAGCAGCGAUUGGUUAAAUGAAAAAAAGUACUCGCCUACUGUCGAGCGAACGGAUCCUAAUGCUGCGAGGUCAGACGGUUUCCACAAAGUGAAACUGGCUGAUGAAUCAGGCUAGUCAUGAAUAGGGUUGUGCGAAAAUAUCAAAAUAUUGAAAUAUCGGAUUGUUGAAUUGAAUGUGAUGAUACAGUAUUGAUAUCGUGGGCUGCUGUACUAAAUUAUUUUGUUUCUACAGUUUUGUUGCUUGUUUAGUGGAAGGAAACUUGUUUAUGCAGCACAUUUGACAUUUUCACUGUUUUGAGGAUUAAAAUGCACGUGUUUUCAUCUUAAUUUUGCACAAACAUAGUGGUUUAACAAAGACAAAGUAUCACAGCCAUGAUUUAGUCUUUAUUUUUAUUGAACCACAUCAUGCAGUCACACACAUCUGAUUCACUUUUGCAGCUAUGGAGUUUGCAAACAAAUUUCUCGUUUUUUGCUGUCAGGACAUUCAACAACCACACAAUUACGAUGUCCGAAUCCCAAAACUAAAAUAUGACAAUAUCAGAACCAGAAACAAAAGUGAUAUGAUUCAAAAGACUUGAAUAGACUGGCUUUGUCAAUAGAUGCAUCCCACUGGGAAAUCAAACAUGGAGGUUUGAUGCUCACUUUUUCAGAAAAUCCUUCCCAGUGUGCAUUGCGCAAUGACCGGAAGUCCGAAAUUCAGGAUGCAUGUAUUGCUAUUUUGUUCGUUUUCAACACCACUGGUACACUCCUACUGCUCUGCAUUUCUUCAUUCUAAUUCUAAAGUUGUAUUUUUUUUAAUAACCCUAACCCUAACCAAAAAACCCUAGACUUUUCCCACACAAAUUGGCCCACGGUUGAAACUGAGGAGAGUGCGGCGCUCAAUUCAGCCCCACAGUCGGACAGUCGUUAUGGACUUUUCCAGAGUGCACAUGUUGCCAGUCCGCCCCUGUCCACGUACUAUUUGGCAGUGCUGCUUUCUAGGAUGCGCCAACAACAUAUCAUCUCUUUGUGAUGACGUUUAUGAUGACGUCAGCUCCCAUUAGGCACCACAGUUUUCUAACACAGAAGUCAGCACAAUCCUUUCUUUUAUUAAGUCCAUUUCGAUGAAUACUGCGAUUUAAAAUGUCCAAAUGAUAACAUGAUGCUCCAGGGGUGUCAUGGAUUAUAAGUUCAUAAAAGAUAAAAGCACAAUAGGUCUUCUUUAACGCGUAUAAUGAGGAGGAGUGCAGCUGCUUUACACUUAUCAUUAAGAUGUUGCCAAUACAAUACACACCUUGAUACACAGGCCAUGAUACAACACAUCUUGAUACAGUGCACUUUUGGUUUGAUACGAUAUAUUUCAAAUCGAUUUGAUAAGGUUCAAUAAAAAAAUAAAGGCUAAAUCAUGUCUGUGAUACUAAAAGUUUUUGUUAAGCCACUUCUUGUGCAAAGUUAAAGAAACACUCCUAUUUUUUAAUCCUCAAAACAGUGAAAAUGUCAAAUGUGUCGCAUAAACAAGUUUCCUUCCUCUGAACAAACAACAAAACUGUAGCUGUAACAAAAUAAUUUAGUAAAAUAUAAACCAACAAAUACUCUUGGCGAUAUAUCGAAACAGCAGCCCAUGAUAUUAACAUUAAACGAUAUAUCCUAUCAAUAUUUCAAUAUUUUCGCACACCCCUAGUCAGUGUUGGGGAGUAACAGAUUACAUGUACUGGAGUUACAAAUUAUGAGUAACUGUAAUUGGAUUACAGUUACUUUGUUGAAAUAAAUGGAUUACACGGCGGUAUUUUUCUGUUUUCACAUUUUGGGCUAAACCAGGACUAAAACCAGGACUAAACCAGGACUAAACCAGGUCUAAACCAGGUCUAAACCAGGACUAAACCAGGACUAAAACAUGUCUAAAACAGGACUAAACCAGGACUAAACCAGGACUAAACCAGGUCUAAAACAGGACUAAAACAGGUCUAAACCAGGUCUAAACCAGGUCUAAACCAGGUCUAAACCAGGUCUAAACCAGAUCUAAAACAGGAAUAAAAGAGGUCUAAAACAGGUCUAAAACAGGUCUAAACCAGGUCUAAACCAGGUCUAAACCAGGUUUAAAACCAGGACUAAAACAGAUCUAAAACAGGACUAAAACAGGACUAAAACAGGUCUAAACCAGGUCUAAACCAGGUCUAAACCAGGUCUAAAACAGGACUAAAACAGGAUCUAAAACAGGUCUAAAACAGGUCUAAACCAGGUCUAAACCAGGUCUAAACCAGGUCUAAAACAGGACUAAAACAGGACUAAAACAGGUCUAA